AUGUUACAAGCUGUUUACAGUCAAACUGUCAAAAAUUUCGAUGGUGUCGUUCAUUUUGUUGAAAGACAGGCAAUAAACGAAAAAAAUUGGUUGUAUUAUAUCCCUGUAGCUGAAAAUUUUCAAGAAAAAUUGAAAAAAUUUGUUGAUGAGGGGCUCGAUUCAAAUGGACCGUCUUCGAAGCCAUAUCGUGAAAUAUCAAAUUCAACUCGUGAACUUAGAUUAGAACAGGAUGCAACUGGUAAUGUUAUUGUACGUGUUGUUAUUCAGCCGCCAAAACCAAGAGCAGGUCAGAAGUCGGCAGUACAACUACCACGUGAUCGUCUGCUUCUGAAUCGUCAUCAGACAAUUCAUUUAAUUAUUAAAAAAGCAAUUCAAUAUCGUAUUGACCAUAAUGGCUCAUCAGUGUCUAUCAAUCAAAUGCAAAAAGAGCUGAAACGAACUUAUUUUAUUAGCACUGAAACAAUUGCAUAUGUAUUAUCUCAGAUAAACUCACCAGAACAAGAUUUAUUUACAAUUGAAGCUAAUCCUCCUCUUCUAUCAACACAACAACAACAAACAGACAUAAAUAAAAAAAAUAAUAAAAACGAUGAUUCAGGAGAUAAGAAUGGUGUCGAUCGUUUAAUCAAGUAUACUGGUUACGGGAAUGCAGCUGGUUGGCUGUAUGAUUUUGGUUGA